AGGCAUGUUCUUGAUCUUGCGACGUGGGUUGAGGCCUUCACCGUCUUGGUCCAGAUCAUGGUCGACAUUUCUUUGCACAGGACAGUGGAGUUGCUGUCCUAUCAAUUCCGCAUCAAGGCUGCUGCAGACCUAUCACUGAAGUGGGACAUCAUUGAGCCAAGUCUGUGGCAGCUGAUUUAUUACUGACUGUCUCCAACGCUGCUGCAAGGACGGUAUGACAGGUGGUCCAUUUAACGCACAACCAUUUAGCCCCAUGCAGUCGUCUGGGCAAGGCAUUGUGCUGGCCGAGAGAUUACAACGCCCUCGCCCUAGCAUUGCCAGAAGGAAACUGUUUGCCAGCGAUAAUCUAUUUUUCUUCUUUAAAUACCACUUACUGUUUCGAGCAUCACACGUGCCAGUCACCUCCAAUGCCUUUGAUGCUCUGCCCGGUCCAAGUUGGAUGACUCCAGAACCUUUGCUCCCACAGCUGCGGAGCGACCUGACACCAUGGUCUAGCCAAUCACCGCAGCAAAGUUCGUCCUUCUAUUUGGGCAAGCUCCCUUUGCUGCACGAGCAUUUAUCCGGCGUGGAAUGAGCGACACAGCCAAGGAGAUCAUCAAGGUAACUGUCUUACUGGUUCUCAUCCGUGUUGCUUGAACUCUUGUCAGUAUCCUCUUUACCACAUGCGGUCUCAAUGCACAAACAUUUAAUGCCUAACUACCCAGGGGGCUUUUUGUCCUCGUCCCUCUCUUGGCUCCGCCAAGAUCUCUCGCUGCAGUGCCCCCUCUCUGACUCUUCCCUUGGCUCCGCCAAGAUCCUGCUCCGGCAGUGACCCCUCUCUGACCUCUCUCUUGGCCCUGCCAAGAUCCUGCUCCGGCAGUGACCCCUCUCUUGGCUUCGCCAAUAUCCUGCUCCGGCAGAGACCCUUCUCUGACCUCUCUCUUGGCCCUGCCAAGAUCCUGCUCCGGCAGUAACCCCUCUCUUUACUCAGGGCCCUCGGUCGCCGUCCCUCGGACGCAGACUCUUGUAGAUACUUGGCUCCGCCAACAUUCUGCUUCGACAGUGUCUACCCGGCCGACCCUGAAUCCUCUCUCGUAGAUACUUGGCUCCGCCAACAUUCUGCUCCGGCAGUGUCUACGUAUAUCUCUUGUCUGACCUCUCUCUCUUGGCCCUGCCAAGAUCCUGCUCCGGCAGUGACCCCUCUCUUUACUCAGGGCCAUCGGUCGCCGUCCCUCGGACGCAGACUCUUGUAGAUACUUGGCUCCGUCAACAUUCUUCUUCGGCAGUGUCUACCCGGCCGACCCUGAAUCCUCCCUCGUAGAUACUUGGCUCCGCCAACAUUCUGCUCCGGCAGUGUCUACGUAUUACUCUUGUCCGACCUCUCUCUUGGCCCUGCCAAGAUCCUGCUCCGGCAGUGACCCCUCUCUUUACUUAGGGCCCUCGGUCGCCGUUCCUCGGACGCAGACUCUUGUACUUGUAGAUACUUGGCUCCACCAGUAUUCUGCUUCGGCAGUGUCUACCCAGCUGACCCUGAAUUCUCUGUCUGUUUGUGUGUUUGUCUGUCCGUCUGUUUUGUGUCUGUUUGUCUGCCUGUCUGUCUGUUUCUGUGUCUAUCUGCCUUUCUAUUUCCUUGCCUCGUCUCCAUAUCAACGAGACAUGAAUCAUUGCCACACUCAAGCAGUCGAAGGCCGAACGCUAGCAAGGCUGCUAAUGUGACAGUGGCUACAGCGGGGCAACGUGCACAAUUGCCACCGGCGAUUCCAAGACGUUCUCGGACACGUUCAGCUCCACCACCAUCUCAACUACCCGGUGGCCCACCGUGGCUGGUGGUUACCCCGCCAAGAUCCUGCUCCGGCAGUGACCCCUGGCUUGGCUCCGUCAAGAUCCUGCUCCGGCAGUGACCUCUCUCUGACCUCUCUCUUGGCUCCACCAAGAUUCUGCUCCGGCAGAGACCCCUCUCUUGGCUCCGCCUAGAUCCUGCUCCGGCAGUGACCUCUCUCUGACCUCUCUCUUGGCUCCGCCAAGAUCCUGCUCCGACAGUGUCUAUGACUUUAACCUCGCUCACGGCUGCUUCGGUACGAGGCUUGCUGGCCACAAUGGGCCGUGCUCAUUUCCGGCUACUCAGGGCUCUCGGUCUUCGUCCCUCGGACGCGACUAUCCUCUUGGCUUCGCCAAGAUCCUGCUCUCUCUGUAGCCUCUCACUUCGCUGGCCAGCACCCUCCUAACCGCAAGCUGCUGUGUGUUGUAGUUAAUGUAGCAUUAUAGUAAUAAUGCAGAUUAAUGGGUGCAUGCGGCUGCUUCGUGCUGCCACUCAAACUAUGCUGCUAUGAUUGCUGGCGCUUUACUGCAUGCUCAUGCUUUGCUGCUGGCUACAGUCACGUGCGCUGUACAUCACGGUAUCCAUGUCGGUCACACGCCUUGGUGCAUGCUCACAUGGUACUCUAUGCGUCGUGGCAUUCUAUGUGUCAUACAACGUGACACUCAACGCGACAGAAUGCCCAUUUCACCGAAUGCAUGGCCCAACCGGAUGCACCAGCCGCCGCUCCUCCGACGUCUGCCCGCCACAUCCAACCCAACCGGAUGCGCCAGCCGCCGCUCCUCCUACGCCUGCCCGCCACAUCCAUUGAUAACCAGAAAUGAUGACAGCGUCUUUACCGAUUCAUCUCCAUGCCCAACGAACCACUGUGCCACUUUGACAUAACAAACCCAAACAACCCAUGCCGCACGCCGGCAUGUAAUGACGGACAGAUCUCAGAUGAAUUGGCAGACUUUCUCAACAUGACAAAGCCAGAUGUGGAAGAAGAGGGAGACGGAGAUGAGGAGAAAAACGAGAGGGAGUGUAUUCGCCACAUCCUGGACUACUGUGAGCGGUACGAAGACCGUGGUUGUGUCAUUGCACUACCCCAAUUACUGAACAAGAAAUCAGAGCCGGAACUCGAGCUCAUCAACCAACUCCGCAGUCCACUAACUCCGAAGAACUGAAACGCAGCUGCAUAGCUUGAUCAUGACUUUGCUGCACAGCUGCAACACCUGCCCAACGUCUUUCAAAUCCUGCUUAUCUCGGUCAAUA